UUAGUGGGCAAGUUUGUCGAUGAGUUCGGCAACAUCCUGGACUGGGAUGGCACGGUGCUGGGGUCGGUGGAGGGCGAUCUGCCUUCCAUGGUGGGACGGCCGGUGUCCGAGUCGGGGGAGAUUUUGGACGCCGCCGGAGAGGUGGUGGGAUAUGUCUCCGACAAUCAUUCGAGGCCGAAGCUGAAGGAUCUGGAGGGGGGCUUGAGGAUAGAUGGUGACGGUAACAUUUACAACAAACAGGGCAAGGUUGUUGGCAAGAUGAAUCCGUCAACGGAGGAGGGAGAAGGAUCCGGGCAGCAGCAGCAGCAGCAGCAGCAGCAGCAGAACGCGAGUGAGGACAAGAAGUCUCAAGAUACUGCUGGCAAAGCGAAAGAGGCACCGCCGGGCCCGUCAGACGUCUUACUACUUGCUACAGUUGAAAUGCUGCGGUCCAUCCCUCGAUCUGCUGCUGGUGUUGUGACCGACACGGGAGACAUUCUUGAUAGAUCUGGCAAGCCCAUCGGACAUAUUACCGAGUCCGGAGAAUCCUCUGAUCUUGUGGGCAACGCUGUCAUGGCUUCUGGAGACAUUCUUGACUCGUCUGGAAAGGUCCUUGCCAAGGCCGACAUCAUCAACACCGAGGAACUGGGCGACGAGGAAGAAGGUGAGGAGGGAGAUGAGGAGAAUGAAGAAGGCGACGAGGGUGAAUACACCACUGGAUCUGGCCAAAAGAAGGGCGAGCCAGAGACCAAGGAUCUGGAGGAAGCCAAAGACAGUGAGAUGCCCCAGCCAGACACCGAGGACUUGGAAGAAAAGAAAUCUGACGUCGCCGAAGAGGGAGAAAAGCCAGAAGAAGAAGAAGAAGAGGAGCCAAUUAAUUUCUCCGACCUCGAGGGAUGCAAGGUCAACAAGGCUGGCAAACUGGUCAACAAGGACGGAGAUGUCCUCGGAGUCCUUCUUGAAGGCGACCCCAAGCAGCUCAUCGGCAUGAAGGCAGACGGGGAGGGAAACAUCUGGAAUGACUCUGGCAAAAAGGUCGGAAAAUGCCGUCCAUUGAACCACGCGGAGCGUGGCGAUGAAAAGGAGUUUGCCCCCUUUGAGAACUUCCCCGACGCUGUCGUUGAGGCUGACGGUCGCGUCAUGUUUGAGGGAAAGCAGGUAGGUGUCGUCGUGGACGGUGACCCAAAGCGUCUCAAGGGCGCCAAGGUUGAUGAAGAUGGUGACAUCCUCGAUCGACGAGGCAAUGUCAUUGGCAAGGCCGAGGCUUGGGAUGAGCCCGAGGCUGAACCCGAGGCUGAAGUCGACAUGUCUUCAUUGGCUGGCAAGAGGGUCAACAAGGCUGGCAACAUCGUCGACGGAUCGGGUACCAUCUACGGCAGAGUCAUUGAGGGCAAUGUCAAGUCUCUCGUCGGCCGCAUGUGUGACAAGAACGGGAACAUCCUGAGUGAGUCUGGAGACAUCCUUGGCAAGGCCGAACUCGUUGGCGAAGGCGAACGUGAGGGCAUGAAAGAGGGUAUCUUCGCCGAGCUCUCUGGCUGCACUGUCGCAAAGGACGGCACAGUUGUCACGCCUUCAGGUGACAUUGUUGGAAGACUCACCGAAGGAGACCCCAAAAAGCUGUUUGGCCGCCAAGUCGACGAGGAUGGAGAUGUUGUCGACGGCAACGGAAACGUCCUGGGCAAGGCUGAGCGCUGGGAAGAGCCCGAGCCCGAAGAGAGGAAGAAGGCUCCCUAUGCAGGCCGCCACGUCAACCGCGAAGGCAACGUCCUGGACGAAGAAGGAAACCUCAUCGCCAAGCUCGUCAGCGGUGACGUUUCUGCCUGCUCCGGCAAGGAGGUCGACGAAGACGGCGAUGUGAUCAACUACAAGGGCGACACUGUCGGACACGUUGCUCUGCUUGAGGACAUUCCCAAGGAGACCGAGGAGGACAUCAAGAAGCGCGAAGAGGCUGAGAAAGAUCGUAUUCUGGCCGGCAAGCUGGCUGGGUGCAUCGAGCAGUCUCUCGACAAGAUGCGUCCCAUCUGCAAGAUGAUCACCGACAAGAUCAACACGGCGGAGAGGACGCCUAAGGAGGAGCUUGACGAGGAGGCGCUGGUGCGGGAGGUGAAGCCGCUGAUUGAAGAGGGCGGCAAGAUCCUCACCGAGACCAACGGCACUAUUCGUGGCCUUGAUCCCGACGGCCGUAUCCAGCGGAACGCAAAGCACAAGGCGGGCACGAAGGAGGCUACGGCAGAGGAGCAUCAUCUGGCCGAGGUGCUCUCAGAGCUCACGGGUACUAUUACUGAAACCAUUGACAACGCCAAGAGCAAGAUCGAGGGUAUGCCCCAUGCCAAGAAGGAACUCAACCCUCUUUGGGGCCUCUUGGCGGAGCCCUUGUUCCAGAUCGUUGCCGCUGUUGGGCUGUUGCUGAGCGGUGUGCUCGGCCUCGUUGGCAAGCUGCUGAAUGGUCUCGGUCUUGGAGGAAUUGUCGACAACCUCCUCGGAACGCUGGGCCUCAACAGGGUUCUCGAAGGCCUUGGACUGGGUAACAUCACU